AUGAGACUCUCUACUGCAUGGGUACUGCUUUCAUUUGCAAGUGCCAUCCUUGCAACUGGCACAUCUUACCAGAAGCGACUGACUCAGGGUCAUGCCGGCAGAGCACAAAAUGCCAAUGCCUCUCUGGGUACUUUCCUGCACAAUCGCAUCAGUCCCAACUACUCGGAGCUGUACAUCGCGGUAGCCGACGGGUCAAACGAAGACCUCCUACUGGGAUCCAACUCUGUGUAUGACUUCCGAGCGAGCUGGUCUCCCGAUGCCGACUACGUUUACUUCACGUCAGAACGAAGAGGAGACGGUCAAUCAGAUGUCUAUCGCAUUGCCAUCAACGGUACCAAUACCAUUGGGAAUGAGGUUGAGCCUAUGGCUUUAUCUACUGGUGUGGAUGACUCGAGCUCGAUUUCUCCUGACGGCAAAAUGCUGGCAUUCACCACCAGCCGAUACAACCAAACCAGCCAGAUCAUGCUGAUGCCAAUCUGGUCUCCGGAUGGUCUGUGGGUCGUCUUCACAUCGGACCGCAACACACCAUGGCGAGGCCACAGCGCUGGAGCGGGUUGGGAACAUACACAGGAGCUGGCUAUUUACGCUUGUCGUCCGAAUGGAUCUGACUUUCGCCUUGUCUCCUCUCGCACGAACUAUACCCAGGGCUCGCCACGAUUCUCACCCGACAGCAAGCGUCUGGUCUUCUAUGAGAUGUUGACCGAGGAUACUUAUAAUGGUCGCCUGCAGCCAACGCUUGUCCAGUACGACGGGUGGAUGAAUUCUAGUAUUGUUUCCAUCGACUUUGAGACUGGCGGUGAUCGUCUGGUGCACGCCGCAGGACUGGGCACCAAGAUCAGCCCUUCCUUCGUGACCAAUGAUUUGUCAGAUAACAAUGGGAUCUACUAUACAUCAAUCUCAGGCAGAAAUUACACGCGAUACCAAACUAUUCCCAUGAACACCAUGACGCCAGCGAUCCGCUCACCCACAUGGUCUCCAGACGGCAAGUAA